AUGCAGAUUUGGAGCCUCGACACCAUGGUGAUGGUCAGUACCACGACAAGUCAAACAGCAAAUAAGGCAAAUUCCAGUCGGAAAGUCCACAGCACUAACGUCGCCUGUAAAAAAACUAUGUCAGCAAAAACAACAUCCUUAUUGCAACAGACAGAGGGGACUUAUGCCAGAACAGCCUCUCCGCCUCGCAGUAGAAAUCAAGGAUGUCAGGUGCAGGACUUCGCUUACACGGGCGGAGCAUGUACAGCCGUCGGACGAUGCACGAAGGAGGAGUUAAUAGAAGAGUUGGCCUCGACUAAAUCCCACGAUGGACAAGGCAGAUUGUCAAACGAAUUGACGAGACCGGGUCUCCUGGUCUCAUAUAAGCCCCUUGAUGAAGUGGAUAUGGCGUUGGGGCGCGGUUUAAGACGUGAACAGAUGCAGCAGGCAUCAAAACACUCCGGUGGCAAGCAACAGAUGGUCGAAUAUGCCUCCACAAUACAUGAAACCCACACACUUACUAGCGAUCAAAAUAGGGAACCAGCUCAGAAGGGCACAGAGAGAGCCUCCUUCACUCAGAAGAAAUCCGUUCGUGAAGAAGUUGCAUUCGCGCCAUCUAAUGACACACAGCAGACAGCCACAGUUGUUGAAAGCCAAACCAAUGCAACUCGGCACGCCCCAAAUCCAGAUGCUUUAAGAAAUGUUAAUGAUAGUUAUGAUCCGGAACAAACGCAAGAAAAGAUAGCCCAACGAAAAUUGCUUGUUGGACUUUUCAAAAAGGAGUCUGCCUCUGAUGGAGAUCAGACUGUUGCAGUUGGAUUUUCGAACAUAAUACAGGACCUGGCCAGCGCGCCUCAAUAUUCAGCAAGCGUAGAAAGCCAUAAAAGUCCUGCCGGUCGUUCCUUGACCAAAAAGUUGGCCACAGACGAGAACCAUGGACGCGACAAGGAAACAAAGAAGAUUCAACUCUUAUCAACAAAGGAAGGCUCCGGAGGGGAGGCUGGGAAUCCAUCCACAAAGGAAGCCCCCACAAAGCUAUUUGGUCGUACUACUUUAACCACCAACACGCCUCAAGCAUUGCAGACUGUGGCGAGUUCCUCCACCGCAGUGGAAAGCAAUACUACUGAGGCGCAAAACACCUCCAAGAAGGGCCUUGGAAGGUUAUUUAACCGUACGGGUCAAUCGACCAGUGCCUUUGGUGCAGCCAGGCGUCCGAUGAACCGAAGCAAAACUAUUGACUACUCUCUCACAACAACAGAAAGCACCAGUAAUACAACUCCAAGGACUCAGGACUCGACUACAAAGGAGGGCUCUUCAACGACAGUUGAAUACAGUCUUACCACAACAGAAAACAGUACCAAGUUGUUCGCUCAGUCCAAGACCAUUGAUGAACCUGGAACCACCACUAAGAAGGAAGGUCGCACAAAAUUAUUCGGUCGCAUCGGUCAGUCCAGCAUCGCUUCUACCGAUGUGGAAGGUCACACCACUACAUCCACCGUCGAAAGUCACACUGACGUGCCCGCUGUUUCUGGCGCUCAGCAUCAAACGAUGGAAAGCCACACCACCGCAGUCACAGUCGAAGGUCACACCAACGAGCCUCAAACUACGUCUAUGAAGGCAGGCUGCACAAAAUUAUUUGGUCGCAUUGGUCAAUCCCCCAUCACUUCUACUGUACCCGGAGCCUCUGGCACUCAAAAUCAGGCGGCGGGAAGUCACAUCUCUACGACCACAGUCGAAAGUCACACCGAUGGGGCUCAGGACCCAUCCAAAAAGGAAGCCCUCACAAAGGCAGUGGAAAGUCACACUGCAACAACCACAGCUGAAGGUCACACCAACGAGACUCAGCGAACUACCAGAAACGAGGGCCUUGGGAAGUUAUUUAGUCGCACUGGUCAUUCUACCAUCCCCGCUGCUGCAACGGGAAAUGCUUCUGUUACUACUACCUCUACAACUGUGGAAAGUCACACAAAAACAGCUACCCCACUUGGCCAACUCACAAGCUCCUCUGGUUUGGUUUCCUACUCCGCAUCAACUGACACCCAACGCUCACGCAAUAAGGAUAACUUAGCAAAGACGGAAAAAACUCAAGCCGACCUGUUUGAAUACAGCAGAGUUCUUUCAUCCCAACGCUUCUUCUUUUACCUGAUUCUCAUUAAUCUGUUUAUCCACUUAUAA